AUGUCGCGGAACUUGGAGCGAAACCAAGAAGCCACCUGCUACGUUGGCAAUUUAGACGAACGUGUGACGGAUGAGAUUAUUUGGGAGCUCAUGCUUCAAGUAGGUCCUGUGGCGCAUAUUUAUCUUCCGAAAGAUCGCAUAUCUCAGAUGCAUCAAGGGUAUGCAUUUGCGGAAUAUUGCACAGAAUCUGAUGCUGAGUAUGCCUGUCGAAUCAUGAAUGGUAUUAAGCUGUAUGGUAAACCCAUUCGCGUAAAUAUGUCUUCAAAUGAAAAACAGGUGGUAGAUAUUGGCGCAAAUCUGUUUGUGGGCAACCUCGAUUCUGGCGUGGAUGAACGACUCCUGUACGAUACGUUCGCUACGUUUGGUGGUAUUCUCGGAGCACCGAGAAUAGCUCGUGAUCCAACAACAAACGAAUCAAAAAAUUACGGAUUUGUGUCUUUUGAUUCGUUUGAAUCAGCGGAUGGCGCUAUAGAGUCGCUAAACAACCAGUUCCUACUGAACAGGCCUAUGACCGUCAUGUACGCUCUUCGUAAAGAUGCGAAGAAUGGCGAACGCCACGGGACCCAGGCUGAGCGUCUCGUUGCUGCACAGGCGCGAAAGAAUCACGUGCUUCCUACCGCGCAGGACCCAUAUGGCAUGCCAGCUAUGUCGUGGUCCUCUGCGGGCAGCAAACCCUCACUAUGA